AUGACGAGCUCGGCCUAUUACGCGAACAACGAGAUCGGCUACUGGCCUUAUACCGACGUGUAUCAGUCGACCGGCUACCAGGAGCAUCCUUAUCAGGAACUACGGCUACAACAGCAUCAGCCUCAACAGCAGGAGCCGCAGCAGCCGCAACAGCAAUCACAACAGCGAUCACAGCAGAGGCAACAGCAACAGCAGCAGACGGUAUCGAGGAAUGGCGAAUCCGGGAGCCCACCGUACGGGCUGAAGCCGAAGCAGGAGUCCUCGAGCCUACUGGAGACUCUCUUGAGACACGGGAAGGAGGCCGUGGCCGAGGGGUAUAGCAAUUGCGCGGCCACGACCUCCAAGCAGCCCCAGGAGCAAAUAAGCUAUGCUCAGUGUCAGACGCCGCCGUAUACCCCGUCUUCAUCAUCCGACAGGACUUCCCCCGUGGCCGGUGUCAUGCCCGGGGACUCGGGACCACGGGAACGUCUUUCCGAGGCCAUCGGCUAUGUCCAGUCCUAUGCCGGUUACACGAGUGCGCAGGCGCAAAGCACGGGAUACCUGGCCGUCCCCGCACCCACGGCCCCGGAUGUGAAGUUCGAGGCCGUCGUUGCCGGUUACAAUGCAGCCUACGCCGGCAAUAACAACAACAACAAUAGCCUCAAGAACGGAGUCGGCGAGUUCUCGGACGAGCAACAGCCCCAAAGGCAACUCGACUUUCCCUGGAUGAAGUCCAAUUACGCGGGCGCGUCGGAGGCAAAUGGCACGGGGCAAAAGCGCACGCGGCAGACGUACACGCGCUUCCAGACCCUGGAGCUCGAGAAGGAGUUCCACUACCAUCGCUACCUCACCCGCAAGCGCCGGAUCGAGAUCGCGCACGCGCUCUGCCUCACCGAGCGCCAAAUCAAGAUCUGGUUCCAGAACCGGCGCAUGAAGGCGAAGAAGGACGGCAAGAUCGGAUACAGUUCGCCGGAAUCCCUCGAGGAGCCGACGAGCGUCUGCCCUGAGGUUCCGCUCCUGACGAGCCGCACGACCAUCACCACGAGCACGACGAUGAUGCUACCCGCUGGCGGCCAGGGCUCCCUACCCGAUCACCAGCAUUGCCAGCUCCAGCAGCAGAUGCACGAAGCGUACACGAGCUACCAACAGCAUCACCACCACCACCACCAUCAUCAUCAUCCCCCCCACCAUCAGCAUUCCCAGAUACAGCAACAGGGCUAUCCGAGCGCGGUCGAUUACUGGCCAGAGGGCCGAGUGGGGCCCGAGCGUAGCGGCUCGUGA